CCACGUCAACGUGCAGGUUGUCACAGCUUUGGUGCCAAAAGGCCACCUCAGGCACAGGGCACAAACCUCUUUUUCCCUGCAGAAGGUACGGAGGGACAUUCCAUGGCUGCUCGGUGAGGUUUCCCUCCUGGUUGUGGCCGGGAUGCUGCCCAGCUGAAGAGGGACCCACGGGGAAGAUCUGAGCAGCCCCAGGGAGGAUCCAGGGCAGAGACAGCCCCGAGUGCCCCCUCGGCCAGCCGGGAGCGGCUCCUGGCCCCGGGCAGGGCUCGCUGCCCCCGCCCGGGCCGGAUGACAGAUGCCUGCAGUGGAGGAGAACGAGCUGCAGCUCCCACUGUCAGCCUGGAUGCCUCCGACCCCGAGCUGCACUAUGAGGAGGAGGAGGAGGAGGAGGAAGCAUCCUCAGGAUCCUCGGAGCCCUCGGACACCAGCAGCAUCUUCUCUGAUGACUCCGUGUACCCCUGCUACGAGGUGUCCCCCGAGGCUGGCGGGGCUGGGUUCCUCAGCCUCUACCAGUGCUGUGCCAGGAAUGAUGCCAAGCUGGUGUGGGAGAGGCUGGAGCGUGGGGUGACCCGGAGCGAGGCCACGGAGCUGGACAUCAACGGGAGGAACGCGCUGAUGGUCGCCUGCUCCAAGGGCUUUGUGGAUAUCGUGCCGCUGCUGCAGAAGUGUCCCUACAUCAACAUCAACCAGCAGGACAACGACGGCAACACGGCCCUCAUGAUGGCUGCCCAGGCAGGACACAUCACCAUCGUCAACUACCUCCUGAACUACUACCCUGCCCUGGAGGUGGACCAGCGGGACCCGCGGGGGCUGACGGCGCUGAUGAAGGCGGCGGUGCAGGGGCGGCAGGACUGCGUCACCGCCCUGCUGCUGGCAGGAGCUGACCUGCAGGCGGUGGAUGCCGUGAAGGGGAAGACAGCCAGGGAAUGGGCGACUUUCACCGGCCGCUUCGAGACCACUGUGCGCAUCCGGAGCCUCCUGCGGCGCCCGCGCGCCGAGCAGUUCGCAGCCCAGUACCAGCCCGAGUGGCCAGCGCUGGCCGAGCUGGUGGCCAAAGCCCUGAGCCCCAAAUCCAGGAGCAAGAGGCUCUCGGAGAAGAUCCGCUCCAUUUUCACCCUCAACAUCCCCCGCAACCCCGAGGAGGACGGCGUGCUGGACCACAUGGUGAGGAUGACCACGUCCCUCGCCAGCCCUUUCGUGGCCACCGCUUGCCAAACCGUGUGCCCCGACAGCCCGCCCGAGGUGGGCAAGCGCAGGCUGUCGGUGCCGGAGAUCCUCGGGCAGCAUGUGGCGGAUCCAGAUGAGCAAUCAGAAACGUCCUCGAGGCCCAGCACGGGGGGAUCCUCCUGCAAUGGCCAGGCCGUGGCCGAGCUCCGGCCGCUGCCGCCGCCGCCGCCGCCGCCCAGGCGGUUCCUGAGCUUCCUGCCGCUGUGGCUGCGCCGGGGGAACAGCGUCUUCCCCGGGGAGCCCGUCCCCAAAAUCAAAGUGAGCAAAGCCUCUGGCUCGGGCAGCGGGGAGAGGAAGCCACGUGUGAAGGACAAGCACCUGCUGCAGCCGCCCCAGUGGAGGUACAAGGUGCUGAAGGAGGAGAAGAAGGCGGCCGAGGAGGCCAAGACGGGGGAGAAGAAGAAGAAGAAGGAUAAGAAGAAAAAGAAAGGCUAAGGCGGGAGGUGUUGGGGUGGGGACAAGGUUCUUGCUGUCCCCUUGGGUUUGCUGAUUUUUCCGGCACAGGGGGGGUUUUGUUCCCGGUGGAUGGGAAUGGAAUAUCCCCGAGGGUUCACAGGCCCCUGCCUGGCCUCUGGUCCUCUCCACCCCAAGGGUGGCCACCCUAGCAUGGGACAUGUCGUGCUGGGCACCGACGUCCUGAGACCCUGAAGCUCUGGGAAUGCCAGGGAGCAGGACUGUGGCACAAGUCCUUCCUAUUUUUCCCUUUUUUUUUUCUUUUCUUUUUUUUUUUUCCUUUUUUUGCCUCUUUGAUUUUCCCAAGCUCUCGAUGCAUUGGAAUGUGGCUGAGCACAUUAAAAUGGAAGUGGUUGCCAU